CUCAGGUGAUAGUUCACCGUGCAAACUCAUAGACCCCGGGCAUCUCGAAGCAUCACACGAAUGUGGGUGGGGUCGCUUUGAUGCGCAACCAGACAGCAACGUGCACUACACAGCAAACCCCUAAAGUCCCUUUAAACUUCAGUCAGAACAAAUAGCCUGCAGGAGGACAGAGAGGGAGGCGUGGGGGAUCUACUUCCCGUAGUCUCUGGCAAAGAUCGGUGACAACAGAGAGUUAACAUCAAGCUUUAAGGAAGAAUAACCCUGACUGGGCAGAAACAGAGGGUACAGGGUGAGGCACCGGACCGAACGCUUGCAAGUCUUCGAGUCCCUCCUAGUAUUUAUCAUCAUGGCAUGGCCGUGCAUCACGCGUGCUUGCUGCAUCAACCGCUUUUGGACCGAGCUGGACAAAGGGGACAUCGCGGUGCCUUUGGUUUUCACCAAAUACUCGGAUGUGGCCGACGUGCAGCAUUUUCCCCAUCACCCGCAGCCGAAACUGAAGAGGGCCGGAGCCAUUGCCAUAGAAACCCAGCCCCAUCCCGGUGAGCAGGAGGCUGGGAAGGCACCGCCCGCGACGGGUGCCGCAGCGGGCAAUGAUGGCUCUGCGUCCGUCAUGCGCCAAGACUUCAAGGCGUGGAAAGUGCGCCCCGAGCCCAGCUGCAAACCCAGAAAUCAGUACCAACGCUCGGCAGCCCCGUUCAAUACCGAAACUCAAUACCAGAAGGAUUAUAAACCCUGGCCUAUACCGAAGAAGCACGACCACCCCUGGAUCCCCAAACCCAGCCCCACCGCCGCCACCAGCACCUCCGGUGGGCCGGAGCGGAGCGCGGGGAGCGGAGCACAGGAGCAUGCGGCCACCGAGGCCGAGAGCGGCGUGGAGAAGAGCGAGCUCGAGGAGCAAACGCAGGAGAAAGAAUCAAAGGAGCCGACGAAGAGAAGCGUGAAGAGGGAAAAGUCAGCAGACAGACAAACGGGUGAGAAGACAGAGGCACAAGUGGCUGCAGAUGCGAGCGCCGAGCAGAGGAAAGGCAGAGCAGCAGCAGACGCUCUCAACAGACAGAUAAAGCAGGUUAUGACGACUUCUAGCAGCUACAGGACUGAGUUCAAGGCAUAUAAGGAUGUGAAACAAGUGAAGGCCAUUAAAGCUCCAUCUCAGUACAAACCCCCAGUGGAGGAGACCAGUCUGGAAACCAGCUACAGCGCCACAUACAAGGGGGAGCAGGUGAAGGCUCACCCCGCUGACAACAAGCUUAUGGAGCGCAGGAGGAUACGCAGCCUGUACAAUGAGCCUAGCAAGGAACCUGCCAAGGUGGAUAAACCAGUUUCUCGUCCCAAACCAAAAAAGACACCAACAACAACAACAGGGAAAAUUGUGAAAAAGUCAAAAGAGAAGCAGAUUGCUAGUUCCCAGUCAACCAAGAAGAAACCGUCUUUGGGCGCCCCAGAACCAAAACCAGAUGGAGCUGUCACAAAGAAGAGCAAAGAGAUUAGCAAUAGACUGGCUGAAGCGAAGCAGUAAAAGUAGUUCCUCUCUACACUGCGUGAUUAAAAAGGUGACUUGAUGAAUUAGGCAAAUUUCUUCCCUUUGGUUUAUUUCCUUACCUGUUGUUUUUGCUGUCCUGUCAUAUAUUGUUCACCAUUGAAUGGGCACUGAUGUUGAGCUUUUAGAAUAAUCCAAAUAAUUUCACUGCAAAAUGUGUGUGUGUGUGUGUGUGUGUGUGUGUGUGUGUGUGUGUGUGUGUGUGUGUGUGUGAGACUGUGUAAAUGUGUGAAAGUAUGUGAUUCCUUGUAUUUUGGUGCACAGAACCGCUUUUAGUAUUGAGCACAUAAUUUGCACAUUGUUUAUAUAACUUCUGUUUGACAUUGAACUAUAAAAAAGCCAUCAGUACACAUGUAGUAUGUGUAUCAUAGGACAUGUUUACCUUUGUCUGAAUGGAUAACAAUUGCGAUCAAUAUUAAAAUGAUUGUAGAAAAUGUCAAGGGGAUGCUUUUUCUCUAAGACUGUAUCACAUAAGAGGUUUUGUGAUAGUACAAAAUCUGUUUUACAGUUGCGUUUCCUAGUUACAGUGCCUCCGCUGUAUGGUCCUGGUUUUCAUUUCAUUGUUCUGGAUGAUAUCUGGUUUUAUCAGUUUGGUUGCUAAGAAACCAAAUGAACUGUAAUAUAAUUGCUAAAGCUUGCAUGCAGGACCCCGUUUUUGGUAGUAGCGACAUUUUAGCAGACUAUAUGUCACAGUCACAUUUUAGCUUGUAAAUUGAGCCAUUAAAGAUAAACAUACAGGAGCAAGACCUUUUCAAAUAUAAUGCAUGUGUAGUAAUAGAUUCUGGUCACACCGAAAAACAAAAGUACAUACACUUAAGUAAAAUCCUAGUCUAGUGGCUGUUAAAGCUAUAAACUAAACACACCAGCAGUAUGGUUUCACCCACAAACAUUUUCUUGCAAUCUAAAUGGAGAUCCACUCUUUCGAUUUAGUAGGAAUACUGCAGUUCUUAUGAUGACUCAGUAUUUUGUGACAUUGUACUCCAUCCGCUCCUCUGAGCUGUGACGCUGUAAUUGUGCUAAAUAAGAAGAAAAAUAAUUAUGCAUAUAGGCCUGAAAAAGGGAGAACCUAUCGUAUCUACUCAAUAAAUGUCACUCUGAAUGGGCUGAUCUCUCCAGGUGUUAAAGGACAAGGAAUGGGCCAGGACUUGUCGUUCAGCUCUUUAAAAUGCUGCUGUCUGAAAAUGCGCAAAUCACAUCUGUUCAUUGUGAGCAUGAUAUGAGGUGUUUCUACUAAAACCCUUCGUGGCCAACAUGGCCGCAGUGUGUGAGAGCCCAGUGGAACACUACCCACCAUGAGUCUGCUUCCAGGUUUAGCUUCUGUGUGUGUGUGUGUGUGUGUGUGUGUGUGAGAGUGAGUGAGAGAUGUUUUUGUGUAUGACCUCUACAGCCUGCAGCCUGCUAGCAUCAAGUCUGACCCAACCACUAGAUGUGCUGCUAUGCACUCCAACACCCUGGUGCUAUAUCUCUCAUUGUAUAUGCUGUCUGGUUUGGACUGCGUGUGGCGUCAGACCAGAGUGAAAUGAUGAAUGACAACGUCAUACCGCUGCAAAACAUGUUGUGAUAUUGUGCUUGUACUCUCAGCUUGCUCUGAAUGAACUCUGAUUAAAAUAAUGAUACAGGA